CGGGGAUCGAUGAAGGCCGUGGAGCGCGCGAAGCUGGUGCGGAGCCUGCGGCAGGAGUCGCGCCGCCUGCGCCUGCUCGUCCUCGUCAUCGGCUUCUUCCUCGUCACCCUCACCUUCGUCGUCGUCUCCAAGCCCGACGCCCUCCUCUUCAACCUGAACGGGCGGCUGUCGGUGGACCAGGCGCCGCGCUCGCUCCUGAUCCGCCAGACCGUCGACGACGACGCCCGGGGCCAGGGAUCCGCGGCCCAGGACCCCAAGGUGGUGGACGACGACGACCAAGGGACGGGUGAAGAAGAUGACGAGAAGCGGGUGCUCACCAGCGAGCCCGAACAGGCCAAAACCGAGGAAGAAACCACCGCAUCUCGGCUGUUAGGUAGUGGAGCUAAAGGGGAGAAGAAAGGCACGGAUGAGGGGCACCAGCAUGGGCAUCACAAGAUGACCCUGCCAACCGUUUCUAACUACACCAUCCGUGAUACUGAGGAUAGUGACAAUGCCAAACAAGAAGAUAGCAAAUCAGAUGCGGAAACUGAGCUUGGAGCGGUUGCCGACAAAAGUGAUGCCAGCGGUAGAUCUCGGCAACAAGCUUUGAAUAAUGCGGGGUGGGAGAGGAAACCACUUUGUGAUUUCUCAAACUUCAGGGCUAAUGUCUGCGAGAUGCGGGGCAAUAUUAAGAUCCACCCGAACGCAAGCUCGGUGAUGUACAUGGAACCUGCCAGCUCAAAGAGAAAUGAGCAAUGGAAAAUUAAGCCCUACCCUCGUAAAGGUGACGAACUCUGCCUCGGCAAGCUUAGAGAGCUGACAGUGAAAUCAAGCAAAGUGGCACCUGAGUGCACCAAGUACCACAAUGUGCCUGCUGUGGUAUUUGCUCUGACUGGAUACACCGGAAAUCUGUUCCACGACUUCACCGACGUGCUUGUCCCCCUCUUCACAACAGCAAGCGAGUUCAAUGGUGAGGUUCAGUUCCUAAUCACAGAUAUGGCUGUUUGGUGGACAAACAAGUACCAUGUGGUGUUUGAGAAGCUAUCCAAGUACCCUCUGAUUGAUUUCAACAAAGAUGGCGAUGUGCAUUGCUUCAAGCAUGCCAUUGUUGGUCUUCAUGCUUACAUGGAGUUCACGAUCGACCCCACAAAGGCUCCUCACAAUUACUCCAUGGUGGAUUUUAACAGAUUCAUGCGCAGGACGUAUUUAUUGCCUAGGGAUACCGUGUCUGCACUUGGUGAGAUCCCCAAGUCCAAACCGAGAUUGCUUAUCAUCUCAAGGAUGAGAACAAGAAUGUUCCUCAAUCUCCCUGAGAUCAUCAAAAUGGCUGAGGAAUUGGGCUUUGAGGUUGUGGUUGAAGAAGCCAAUGUGAGCUCUGACCUCUCCCAUUUCUCCAAGGUAGUCAACUCCGUCGACGUGAUGAUGGGUGUCCAUGGUGCUGGGCUCACAAACUGUGUGUUCUUACCAGACAAGGCCACGUUAAUUCAGAUUGUGCCAUGGGGUGGCAUAGAAGGUGUGUGCCGGAUUGAUUUCGGCAACCCAUCGGAGCAAAUGGGCCUGCGGUACAAGCAGUACAGCAUCGCCGUGCACGAGAGCAGUCUCACUGAUCAAUACCCACUGGAUCAUGAGAUCUUCAAGAACCCGCUUGCUUUCCACAAGGGAUUCGAGUUCAUCAGGCAGACCUUCAUGGAUAAGCAGAACGUCAGGCUCGACUGCAACCGGUUCAGGCCUGUGCUUCUGGAGACACUUGACCAACUAAACCAAUAGAAACUACUGGUUCGUCGUUGGGCAUUGUAUUAGAUGAUUCUCCAUACAGUUUUUUUUUCUUCAGUUUCACCAUUCUUCUCUUCUCCUCUAGUAUAUUUGUUGAUCGUCUUCUGAUUACAUGGACAAGAAACAGAUUAUCUGUCUGUCUAGAUUGUAUGGCGCCACAUGGAUGGAACUGAGAUGUCCAUGAUCUGUCAUCUAUAGCAUGUUCAUUGUCUGGAAAUAGAGAAACAAUACAAUUUCGUUUUUGUAAA